CACCUGUAGUAUACCCGGACUAUGAUUACCGUUACUACAGUCUUGAAGAGUCGCAAUUAUACCUUCCGGCUCGUAUCAUUGAUGUUGAAGGAGACCAAUAUCAUGUUGAAUUCAGCCCUGCCGUCAUUGCUUACGCAUGGUGGCCUGGCCGUUCUCCAAAAUCAUUCAAAUUUCCGCGCAAACGAGGAACUCAAGAGACUGUUGACAAUCCAUUUGAAAAAACAAAGGUCUGGAUAAACAUGGAUCUGGUUCGCCCUUACUUUGGAACUGACCCGCACCCUGUUUUGGGCACAUCAUCGAUGAGACCGCACAGCUGGUCG